AGAGCAGAAUUGCGCGAUAACUGUAGAUGUGGCGGAUACAGACGCGGGCUGUAGUCAGCCCGCUAGCCCAGUUAGCAUUAGCCCCAAGCGGCUUGCUAAUCGCGAUGAGCCAGGUAAGACGCAUAGCCGUCCAAAGUCAUCUCGGUCUACUGGCCCUCGCACUUUGGUCAUAGGUGACUCCAUUACCCGAAAUAUUACGCUUAAAAAUCCAGCCACGGUAAUGUGUAUUCCUGGGGGCAGAGCACCAGACAUAGAAGCUAAUCUUAGGGAGCUGACUCGCAAUAGGUCUAGUCAACAGCGUAGUUCCAUCAACACUAGCUACUCGGACAUAGUGAUACACGUCGGCUCCAAUGAUGUUAGGAUGAGGCAGUCGGAGAUCACAAAGAGAAACAUAGCGAGGACUUGUGAUCUCGCUAGAAAGAUGAGUCAGCAUCGAGUAUUUGUCUCUGGCCCCCUGCCUGGGAGAGGCACUGAUGAGAGGCUUAGUAGAUUAGUCUCCCUUAAUCGAUGGAUGGCUGGGUUCUGUAAGAAGCAGGGACUGUAUUUUAUAGAUAACUGGCCUUCCUUCUGGGGCCGCCCCGACCUGCUGAGGAAGGACGGCCUUCACCCUAACCGUGAAGGCGCCUUCACUCUUUCUAGGAAUAUAGAUUACUGUUUGAGCCACACAUGACAGGUCACUUUAGAGCAGGCCGGGUCACAGGUGAUUAGACCACCUGUCAGGAUGGGUUUGGAGUCUGUUAAGAUAAAGUUAACUAGCGCUAGGCUAGACUCCCAGCAUGCACAUAGCUCCUUGUGUAGACUAGAGCGUGAUAGUUUGAAUAGUGCUACAGUACACAUAAACACACUUUCUACUGGGGUAGUAGACAAAUCCAAUCACUCCACCCCGACCGGUUUUGCUGAGGAAACGGUGCCGGUUUCAGAUAAUUCUACACGUGUAACAAAUAUUUACUAUCAGAUUCCCACGGUCGUAUCAUCCCACCGCGCUAACAAACAUUUGAGAGGUGAUGUCAGGCCUAGAGAACACAAUCUUACUCGCAUUUCGUAUAAAUAUCCUUCGAUAAAUACGCACCCGGAUCGACCAAUUACACUUAAACUUGGUUUUAUGAAUAUUAGAUCGCUUCAUACGAAAGCCAUUCUCGUUAAUGAUCUCAUCACAGAACAUAAUCUAAACGCUUUUGGUCUAUGCAAGACCUGGUUAAAACCUAAUGAACUGAUGCCGCUUAAUGAGGCCUCGCCUCCAAAUUUUGUGAGCUCGCAUGUGGCGCGUCCUCGAAAAAAGGGUGGGGGUGUCGCCCUCACCUCGAAUUUCGAGCUUAGUUUUAGGCCUCGUUCGAUCAACGUAUUUAAAACAUUUGAGGUUCUCAUUGUCCGAUCCACCGCGUUACCGACAUUUUAUCUUGUUGUUAUUUACCGUCCACCCGGGGCUUACUCUGGCUUCCUGGAUGAAUUUUCAGAAUUUGUGGCUGAUCUAGUAACCAAUGCGGAUAAUAUAAUUAUCAUGGGCGAUUUCAACAUCCACAUGAAUUUACCGUCAGAGCCACUUACUUCGGCGUUUCAGACUUUAACUGAUACCUUUGGUUUUACGCAAGCUGUACAGGCAGCAACGCAUAAGAAUGGAAAUACCAUAGAUCUGGUAUUAUCCUGAGGACUUGCAACCUCAAAUAUAG